UCUCACUCAUUGGUCUGUGUAAAUGAUGGCAACUCAUUGCACUUCUUUAGUCAGUGUUCUCGGGGUAUUUUUGGUAUUGACACUCUACCACAACCGGAUCACCGUCUCCGGACAGAAUAUUCCGGCGGUGGCCUUGUUCACCUUCGGUGAUUCCAACUUCGACGCAGGAAACAAACAGACUCUCACCCAAGCUCACGUCGCUCAAGGUUUCUGGCCGUAUGGAAAAUCCCGAGAUGAUCCCAACGGCAAAUUCUCUGACGGCUUCAUCGCUCCGGACUUCGUUGCAAAAUUCAUGGGGAUUCCAAUCGAGAUCCCGGCGGCGCUUAAACCGAACGUAAAUGUCUCACGUGGAGCUAGUUUUGCCGUCGCCGAUGCUACUCUUCUCGGAGCUCCGGUGGAAUCUGUAAGUCAAUUUUCCGUGACCAACAAGUUAAAGAACGAUAUCAGCUUGUUGUAUUCAUCAGGAGCGAGUAAGUUCGUGAUCCAAACCCUAGCUCCAUUGGGUUGCUUACCUAUCGUCAGACAAGAUUACAACACCGGGAUGGAUCAAUGCUAUGAAAAACUCAACGAUUUGGCUAAGCAACACAACGAAAAAAUUGGACCGAUGCUGAACGAAAUGGCCAAAGCAUCUCCUGGUUUCCAAUUUACCGUCUUCGAUUUCUACAAUGUCAUUCUUCGUAGGACGCAGAGGAACCUGAACUUCCGGUUUUUCGUUACGAACUCAUCGUGCUGCGGAAUUGGGACACACAAUGCCUACGGUUGCGGUUUACCUAACGUGCACUCGAAGCUAUGCGAGUACCAACGGUCUUACCUAUUCUUUGACGGACGUCACAACACCGAGAAGGCACAAGAAAUGUUCGGAAAUCUACUCUUUGGUGCCGAUCCAAAUGUUAUCCAACCGAUGAACGUCCGUGAGCUUGUGGUUUACCCAGCUGAUGAACCGAUGCGUGAGUCUUGGAUGCCUACAACGUCAGCCACUUUCUAAGCCAGCAUCUCUAGCUCGUUGUCUAGCUGCGGUUAUAAAUUUCUCUCUCUAAAUCAAUCUUUAGGGAUCAAUCAGAUUCCUACAAGGAUAAUGAGUUCCGUAUCAAACAUCGGAAUCUUGAUGU